CUCCCCUCGGCUAUCGAGGCAAAUAUGGUCUUAUGGUCCAGAGCAGAAAAGAUCCCCCUCCUCUAAUCCACUUCUUACGCAAAUUAAGCUUUAUACGUUAUGUGCCCGCUUGGAUAAAGGUUAAACGCCAAAAUCCUGAAACAGAGACGGACUGUUGUGGAUACUAUCGACCACUAUGGCUUCCACUCCCUCUGCCUCUGCCUUGUCUGCUGUUCUCCGGUGUCGGGGGAAUCUCUGGACCAGGAAUCCGCCGACCAAGCGGCCUGCCACCUCGGUUUACAGCCUCGGACUAGCCGGCGGCGUGGUGCGCGACUCGCCGGCUGAGCGCACCCUGCCAGAUCAGGGUUCAGCGUGGGAGGCUUUUCUCCAGGGAGAGCGUGUUGUGGUGUGGAGAAAACUGACUGUGGCGUUUAAGUCACCCUGUGUGGAUGGUAAAGUGCGCAAGCAAAAAAAAUCCAGGGAAAGUAAUAAAUUAUGUCAUCCAAAACUUUCGCAAUCCCCAGGGGACGCGCACUCAGCUGUGCCUGGUGUCCAAAACGCGCUGGUGCGUCAAUUGGCACGCAGACUAACAUCCAACCUGCCUGGAGUAGAUAAAUGCUCUAAAGUAAUUCAAAUGAUUAAAUACAAAACAUAUACCACAUAUAUGCACACACAUAUGCAGAUCUGUAAGAUAGGCCUGGUAUUUGUUCAGGAAAUAAGUGAAUCCUCAGCUGGCGUUUUAAAAGUGUCCAUACCGUCCCCAUGUGUGAUGGAAGAUGCAGGACAAAUACCGUCUUUCGUGUUAACUGGCUGGUCAACACUGAAGAGUACCUGUUUAUCUUUGACUGCUCUGGUGUCAGAACUGAUGUUUUUGAAGCUGGGGGUGUUGUGUAGGUCCAGCAGCAGCCCUAAAGAUGCGCCACAGCACCUGCUGAGCCAACAGGAUGAGGAAAACAUAAAAAACAAUGCCCUGCAGGAAAAGAAAAGAAAAAUCCACAGUUCUAUUGGCCCCAUCUCCACCCAGAACAACUCCGGCUCUAGACAAAGGAUCACAAAGGACAGACCUGCCUGAUAGAGAGUCCAAGUCCAAGGCCUGAGCACCAAAAAUACACACUGUGAUCUAACCUUAUUUAUUGACUUCUACCUGGCUUUCACAAAACACAAACCACAUCUGGACUUCAACCCAGUGAUGUAAGAAAACAACUGGUUGUUCUAGAGCACUUUCUUUUGCUUUAGUACUCAAGUACUAAGCAAUACUGCAACAAUAAAUACCUGUAAAACAAA